CUCCUGAACCCAUAAAACACACGCUACAAUGGAGAUGCCAGACCUUUCCAACGCCAUUAUGGCGCAAGAUGAGAUGGGAAGACCGUUCAUUAUUGUGCGCGACCAGGGGAAGAAGAAGAGAGCGCACGGGAUCGAAGCCACCAAGUCGCACAUUCUUGCCGCCCGCGAGGUUGCCAGCAUCGUCAAAACGUCCUUGGGCCCGCGCGGGUUAGACAAGAUCUUGAUCUCAACCGACGGUGAGAUCACCAUCACCAACGACGGUGCAACCAUUCUUUCGCAGAUGGACUUGGACAACCAGAUUGCCAAGUUGCUCGUGGAGUUGUCCAAGUCGCAGGACGACGAGAUCGGAGACGGGACCACCGGUGUGGUUGUACUUGCGGGCGCACUUCUCGACCAGGCGCUCGAGCUUAUCGAGAAGGGGAUCCAUCCGAUCAAGAUUGCCAAUGGGUUCGAGGAAGCCUGUAAGAUCGCUGUCCAGCAGUUGGACGACAUUGCCGACACCAUCGAUAUCCAGAAUGAAGCUAACGACACCAACUUGUUGAAGGCGGCCAAGACCUCUUUGGGGUCCAAGAUCGUGUCCAAGUGUCACGACCAAUUCGCGCAGAUGGCGGUGGACGCCGUGUUGACCGUCGCGGACUUUGAGCACAAGACCGUGGACUUUGAGUUGAUCAAGAUGGAGGGUAAGGUCGGGGGUGCCCUCAAGGACUCCCAGUUGAUCAAGGGGGUGAUUCUAGACAAGGACUUUUCGCAUCCACAGAUGCCAAAGCGCGUGGAAAAUGCCAAGUUGGCCAUCUUGACCUGUCCGUUCGAGCCACCAAAGCCAAAGACCAAGCACAAGUUGGAUAUCUCGUCGGUGGAUGAGUUCAAGAAGUUGCAGACUUACGAGCACGAGGUGUUUACCCAGAUGAUCCAGCAGGUGAAGGACUCCGGCGCCAAUAUGGUGAUCUGUCAAUGGGGUUUCGACGACGAAGCCAACCACUUGUUGUUGCAGAACCAUCUCCCAGCCGUCAGAUGGGUCGGUGGAAGCGAGUUGGAAUUGAUUGCUAUCGCCACCAACGGGAGAAUUGUGCCAAGGUUCGAGGACUUGACCACAGCGAAACUCGGUGAGGCCGGUGUGGUGCGCGAGUUGGAGUUUGGGACCACCCGUGACCGCAUGUUGGUGAUUGAAAACUGCGCCAAUUCUAAGGCAUGUACUGCCUUCAUCAGAGGGUCCAACAAGAUGAUCGUAGACGAGUCGAUCAGAGCAUUGCACGACUCCAUCUGUGUGGUGCGUAACUUGAUCAAGGACAACAGAGUCGUGUACGGUGGCGGUGCUGCCGAAAUCACCGCCUCCAUAGCCGUCUCGGAAGCUGCCGACAAGCAGAGCGGGAUCUCGCAGUAUGCGUUCCGCGCGUUCGCCAACGCAUUGGAUGCGAUUCCUAUGGCGCUUGCCGAAAACUCUGGGUUGGACCCGAUCAACGCCUUAACCGCCAUCAAGGCCAAGCAGGUCAAGGAGCGGAACCCGAACUUGGGAGUGGACUGCUUGGGCAAGGGCACCAACGACAUGAAGGAGUUGUUUGUCAUUGACCCGCUCAUCGGCAAAAAGCAGCAGUUGAUCUUGGCCACUCAGUUGUGCAGAAUGUUGUUGAAGAUCAACGACGUGAUCAUCAGCGGAAAGGACGAAUACUGAUAGAGGAGCCAGCUCCGUGUACUUAUAAUUUUUUUUUGUUAUCAGCCUUACAUUGUGAAGCAAUGCGGGUAAAUUCUUGUGAGAAACGAGCCUGUAGAUUGCGGUCUAGGGUUGAUCUAUUUGGUCGCUACAUAUUCCAAUACGAUUUGUGGUGCUGAUGGCGCUCAUGGUACAUCACAAGCUCAAACUACACCAAUGGAGUGUUUGGUUAUUGGAUCAACACUAUGCGGGGCAAUGUUCGUAUUAGGGUCUAGGGCUUUACUUGGUUAUACUAAACGACAAUGAUUGUAGAAACCCGAAACCGUCAAAGAGGCAAAUGAGUUGCAAUACACCUUAGUGUUUCUCCUUUCUGGUUAAACCCUGCAUUUGUAAGCCAUUAAAAUUUUUGCUUUUGUU